CACUCCGUAUUAAAAAAAAAAAAAAGCGCUCCUCCCACUCGGCGUUCCCCCACCUUCGGUCUGCCAUCCCCCAAAUCCUCCCGGCCCGUGAACCACAAACCGAGGAGCAGCAGCGGCGCGGGGGCGGGGGCGGGGGCGGCCGCCGGGAGCGAGCUCGUGAGUACGACCGUCUCUCGCAGGCGCCGACGAUGGGGGGCGGCAACGGGCAGAAGGCCAAGAUGGCCCGCGAGCGCAACCUGGAGAAGGCCAAGGGCGCCAAGGGGAGCCAGCUUGAGACCAACAAGAAGGCCAUGAACAUCCAGUGCAAGGUGUGUAUGCAAACAUUCAUGUGCACAACAUCUGAAGUGAAAUGCCGGGAGCAUGCAGAGGCUAAGCAUCCAAAGACAGAUGUCUACCAGUGCUUCCCCCAUCUCAAGAAAUGAAGGCACGCAUCAGCAAUCAGUAUCAUGGUCAUGGAAUCCAGAAAAAUGUGAAAGUUAAUGUUUGUGUUGGUUGCCAUCAGUACAGGGGCUUCUCUCUACUGAUGGAGCUCCUUCCUUGUUGUUUGCUACCAUCUGAUCAUGCGUCCUGUCCUAUGUUAUUCUACAUAAGAAAGUGAUGUGGUGUCCAACGAAUUUAUUGUCUGCUGUUAAACCAGAUUCAUUGUCAGAGCAAUGAGUUUCUUAUGCAAACACUUAACUGAUCAUGAGAAUUCUGUGCCAAUUUGCAUGAGCAUGUACUCUAGAAUUCAUUUUGCAUAGUUUUCUGUAGUUCAGUCACAUGGUAUUCAACCUUUAACUGAGUAUCAAAUGAAGAGGGCAUAUUGUUUGACCAA